CUGGCCUAUGUUUCACGUCACGAAGAGCCGGUUCCUUCUUGUUCUUCUGUGAAGGUGACAGCGUUAAGCAGCAUUACCCUCCACACUGUCUACUGCAAAGUUACGUCCGAGACCAUAAAAAUGUCGACCGUGUCUGCUGCCGCCGCGGAGCCUGCCGCCGUCACUGAGAGUGGUGAGCAGAAGAAGCCGCUCAGGGCUUGCUGCGCUUGUCCUGAAACCAAGAAAGUCCGAGAUGGAUGCAUCAUUGAAAAGGGUGAAGAGAACUGCACAGAACUCAUCGAGGCUCACAAAGACUGCAUGAGGCAACUAGGAUUCAAGAUUUAACUGCUUUGCUAUUGUGUGCGUGCGUGUG